GGAGAUGGAGAGAUUGCUGGGGAUAUUAACACACACCAAUAUCAUAAGGGAUGAUUUUAAAACAUUAAAUUCCCUUAGGAGAAAUAAAUGCAGCCAGUCUAUAGAUUGAACAAACGUUUUUUAGAAGCAGAGAGAGAACAAUGGACUGUGGAAAGCAAGUGAGAAAGUCGGAAGAUGUUGAGUAUUUAGUGCUUAGCCACCUGGAAUCCCCAACCUGCCCCUUGCUGAGGUGCCCCUGAUGGAGGUAAGUCCAUCUCUCUAGCACUCAAGCCUCUACAGGUUCCAAGUUCUGGCAGUGGGCUAAGAAGACUAAUGGACGAGAUGUGGGCUGUAAGGAACCUCAGCUUGCCCAUGGCUGAGCCCAAUUCCACCAGUGACCUUUCUCACCAGCUGGACGUGGACACUCACUUCUCCUCUAAAGUUUUUAUCACUGUCUUCUACAUUCUAAUCUUCUUGGUGGGCACCAUUGGGAACGUACUGACCAUCAGGCUGGUGCUGAAGAAGCACAACCGGCACAAGCUGCAGGGCACGGUGCAUUAUCACCUAGUGAGCAUGGCUCUGUCGGACAUCCUCAUCCUCCUCAUCAGCAUUCCCAUUGAGCUCUACAACUUUAUCUGGGUCCACUACCCCUGGAUUUUUGGGGACGCGGUGUGCAGGAGCUACUACUUUCUGCGGGAUAUCUGCUCCUAUGCCACCGUGCUGAACAUCACCAGCCUGAGCUGUGAGAGGUACCUGGCUAUCUGCCACCCCAUGACCGCCAAGCGGAUCAUGUCCAAGAUGAGGACCAAGAAGAUACUCUCAGUUAUAUGGUUCUCCUCUGUGGUGUUUGCCAUGCCAAUGGCUUUUAUCAUGGGAGUCAAAUAUGAGAACACAACCCCAGAGGGAGAAGAGGAUCCCUCCUCCCUAAUAUGCACCAAUCUGGUUUCUACUGCCACCCUGAAGGUCUUUAUACAGGUAAAUGUAUUUGUGUCUUUCCUUCUUCCUCUGGCGCUGAUCUCCUGCUUGAACUGUGUGACAGUCAAUCAGCUCGAGUCCUUGCGCUCUCGCUACUUCUUGUCCUUGCAUUCCUCAAGCAAAGCUCCUCAGGCUUCCUACAGAGCCCACGUGUCCCUCAAGCCUGUUUCUUCAUCGCCUGCAGUUAAAAAACUGUCUGUCGCUGGAGCAACCUCCAAGAGUAGCCUCACUGUGUCCUGUGAACCAAACCGCAUACAGCCUAUCCAGCACAGCAUUUACAUGCUCAGAGCUAUUGUGAUUGCCUAUGUUGUUUGCUGGCUGCCGUACCAUGCAAGGAGACUCAUGUUCUGUUACAUCCCAGAUGAUUACUGGACUGGGUUUCUAUACACAUUCUACCACUAUUUCUACAUGCUGACCAACACCCUUUUCUACGUCAGCUCUGCAGUUAACCCCAUCCUGUACAACAUGGUUUCCUCUUCCUUCCGAGAACUGUUCCUAGAGACACUCGGCUUCUCCCGCCGACGCAAAGAGCAGCAGCUGAAUUCCUCUGUAUCGCUGCAAACCAGCCUCAGGAGCGAUACAUGCACUCUCCAUACUCCGACCAAUCACCGACAAGCAAGCAGGGAAGAAACCGCCAAUGGGAAGAUGUAGAACAGCUCAUUAAAGGGCAACUUAAAGUCAGAACUAGCAGUGCACAACUGGGCAAACAGACAAUGCUUUCAAAAGCAAUUACAUUUAUAUAUACAGUAACUGUGAAAUCAUUGAAAAUGUGUAAUUAUUGUUAUUGUCCGGUUAACUAGAACGGUAUGAAAUGGCCUCAGAAUAUAGUGGGAGAAAAUCAUGUACCAAGUAGGAUGGAGAGGACUGUCUUCUGCAAGUUCCUGGGGUCCAUUUACUAAGGGGUCCCCAAGUAAGGCUAAUCCUGCAGAGUUUUGCAUGUUUUCCCCAGAAUGCCGCAGUGCUGCCCCCUAUCUGUACUUAUGUUAUGGAACCCUCAGCAAUAACGAAGGAUGCUGGGAGUUAUCCUUUGCAAUAACCUAUUAGAGAUCUGUGGUCCAUGACUGUGGUUCCUAAAUCAUUCCUAAAUCAUGGCCACCAAGUCAGUAAAGGACUUUGCAAGACUAUGGCAGAAUUUUCAUCCAACUGGAUCAGCGGAAUUUGAACUGUUGACUUCAGGCCAUGUAUUUGGCAUGUACAGGACACUGAGAGUAUGCUGUGUGCUCUGCUGCAUCACCUCAAGCCUUUAAUAGAGCAAGAACUCUCCAUAGAUGUCCCUAUACCUGAGUGCCCUUAAAUAUUCCUAGAACUUUCAGCUGUCUAUGGGAAACUGUACAAAACUGUCUUCAUCAUAAAUCAUAUUUACUGUAA